GCAUGCGCAGUCAGGGCCCCCUCGCAGAGCUCGAGCCUUCUCCUCUCUCUGGUGCCCGGUGUUUGGGUUGCUAAGUGCCGCUGGGCCCCACAGGUGCUGAAAGGCUGGGGUCGUGGACCCCCAUAAGGUGUCAGCAGCACGGAGGUGCAAGGCGUUGUCGAGGGUGCGGGGCCGGGGGCUACCAGUGGGGCGCUCCGCCCCGGGCCCCCCGCCGCUGCGCUGGGCCAGGCCCUGGCUGCAGCCCCCGUACCGGCCCCGGCCUCGCAGUUCACGCUGCUGGUGAUGCACCCCUGUGGAGGGCAGGACGAGUCUGCGGCAGAGGGCGUCCUCAGGCCGGCUCCGGCCCUGGGAGACAGCCCCGGGACGGGCAAGUCCAUUAGGUACCUGUGCGAAGUGGCGGGUGCUGGCGAGGAGGAGGCGGGGGAGGACGAAGCCGACCUGCUGGACACUUCGGACGCCCCGGGGGGAGGUGAGAGCACGGCUAGUUUGGAAGAUCUGGAGGACGAGGAGACACACUCAGGGGGCGAGGGCGGCAGCGGGGGAGCCCGGAGACGGGGCAGCGGCGGGGUCAGCAUGAGCAAGACCUGCACCUUCGAGGGUUGCAGCGAGACCACGAGCCAGGUGGCAAAGCAGCGCAAGCCUUGGAUGUGCAAGAAACACCGCAACAAGAUGUACAAGGACAAGUACAAAAAGAAGAAAAGUGACCAGGCCUUGAACAACAGUGGGGGCGCUCAGCCUGGCAGCGCGGGGAACAUCAGACUGGAGGAAAGUACAGAUAACAUACUCUCCAUUGUUAAACAAAGAACAGGAACCUUUGGGGAUCGUCCUGCAAGACCUACUCUUUUAGAACAAGUGUUAAAUCAAAAGAGACUGUCAUUACUAAGAAGUCCAGAAGUGGUGCAAUUUUUACAGAAACAACAACAACUAUUAAAUCAGCAAGUUUUGGAGCAAAGACAGCAGCAGUUUCCGGGAACAUCAGUGUGAAAGAAUCUAUCAAGAAGAUCUACAUGUUUUUUAUUUUGUUGUAGUAGAUGGACAUAUUUUUAUACUAAAGAUAAAUGGGGUAAGACAUGCCAGUGAAACACAUAAGCAGUCAUUUUCCUGUACAUGUGUGUGUGCAUUUGGGGAUAAAUAAGUAUUGCACUUUGUGCCUCUGAUCCUUCAGAUUACCAUGAAUUUGAAGAAACAGCUUAUCUUUCCAAAAUAACAUUUAAUUACAGUAGUUUUUUUAAAUAAAGUGUUGCUCUUCAGUCAUCGUUACUGAAGGUAAUGGAGCAGUCACUUUCUGUGGAAGUCAUAAAAUUAAUAGAUUCUAAUCUUUGAUCAUUCAGCUCAGUGAUUCUUAUCAAGGGUCAGCUGGAAAUGUAUGGGUAUGUUUUUGGUUGUCCCAGUGACCUUGAAAACUAGUUUUUAGUGAAUGGGUCAGGAAUGCUAAGUUUUCUACACUGUCUGGAAUGACCUUUCAUGACUAAUAAUUAUCUUACCCACAAUGCCAGUAAUCCUUCUCUUUAGAAACACUGAUACUUGCCAUACUACUUGUGAUAAAAUGUAGUCAGGGCACCAAGAAUUGGGUUCUUGUGAUAACCUUUUCUUUGCAGUUAAGACUGGAGCUGUCAAAGAGGUAAGCGUAUUUUAAAUGUGUAAGGAAAGUGGUGAUUGUUACUAUUGUGAAAUUAGAAUGUGCAGUUCUUUUCAGACGUGCUGAUAAAACUUAGGAGAGGGGUUAUCUAAGUACACUGGAAUGAAAGCAUCUCCUAAAGUUGGCUUCUCACUUCAUGUUACCUAUUAGGGUUCAUCUCUUUUAAAGCAGACUUCUGUGUUGAAUACUGAACAGUAUAGAUGCAUCUCAUUCCACCAAUGUCAGGACAAAAAAAGAUAUUAAUACCCAUUUCCUUUUCAAAAAGAGAUUCUGAAAGUAAAAAUAAUACUCCCAACAUUUUGUCAGUGUUUUCUGAAACUGAGCUAAUUUAAGAUCAUGUUAAUCCUAAAGUAAUGUUCACAGAAUGAUGGGUAACUGGAUAGGUGACUUUUUUCUUGUACCUUCUCCUAGGCAGACUUUUAAAAAGCAAACCUACCAAUAAGAGUAACAAAUUAAAUGUCAAGAGAGGGUUUCUAAUGUUAGAUAAUGAAUUUAUGUCUCUUAAGUUUAACUGUGCAAAAAUGUGUUUGUUUCUUGGGUUUUAAGCCCUGAUAUAUCAAAUUAAACUCAGUCAUGGCUGUUCUAAGAAGAGAAAGAAUAAUUUUGUUUAUUUUUUAUGUGUGUUUUUACCUGCCUGUCUGUGCAAAAACACAGAUUUCACCAAAAUUAUCCAUUAAAGCCCAGUGGUUGACCUUUGA